AUGGCUGGCUUUGUACAGAAAGGUGUCAAAAACAUCUUACAAAAGAAUCCCCACGAUGUCGUCUUUCUUUCUGCCCUUCGAACGCCUGUCACAAGAGCAAAGAAGGGUGGCUUGCGGGACGCAUACGACCAUGAGCUGCUCGCUGCCGUCCUGAAAGCCACCGUUACCAAGUUCCCCAACCUCGAUCCCGCGAAAAUCAACGAUAUCUGCAUUGGCACCGUCCUGUCCGAACUUGGCGGCUCGAAGGCAGGCCGCAUGGCUGCCAACCACGUCGGCAUUCCCACCACCACAUCCUUCAGCACUGCGAACCGCGCCUGCGCAUCCGGUCUGACUGCCAUAACACACAUUGCGAAUGCGAUCGCCGUUGGACAGAUUGACGUCGGCAUUGGUGGCGGCAUGGAGAGCAUGACGCGCAACUACGGCAGCAGGGCUAUCCCCACAGAGCUAUGGCAAGAAAUGAAAGAAUCUCCAGUAAAGGAGGCAAGAGAUUGUAUCAUGAGCAUGGGCAUCACUGCUGAGAACGUUGCGGAAAGAUAUGGCGUGAAUCGCGCAGACCAGGACGCGUUCGCCACUGAGUCCCACAAGCGCGCGGCUAAGGCGAGGGAGUCCGGCUUGUUUGAGAAGGAGAUUGUGCCGGUCACUACGAGAUGGAUUGAUCCUGAGGUGCCGGAGAGCGAAAAAGCGGUCACGAUUACCCAAGACGAUGGCAUUCGGCCGACGACUACCGUCGAGAAAUUGAGCGCGAUGAAACCAGCAUUCAAGAGUGACGGUACCAGUACGGCGGGAAACAGCAGUCAGGUGUCAGAUGGUGCUUCUGCCGCGCUUAUGAUGCGCCGCUCGACUGCCGCGGAGCUUGGACUUACAUCGCACAUCAUUGGCAAGUUCGCGGGCUCGCAGGUAGUUGGGUGCGCGCCAGAUGAGAUGGGUGUUGGGCCAGCGCUGGCUAUCCCGGCAUUGCUGGAGUACACUGGCGUGAAGAAGGAAGAGGUGGAUAUCUGGGAGAUCAAUGAGGCGUUUGCGAGCCAAGCGUUGUACUGCAUCAGGAAAUUGGGACUAGAGAACAACAUGGACAGGAUAAACCCCAAUGGCGGAGCUAUUGCGUUGGGACACCCGCUGGGAGCGACCAGCGGAAGGAUGUUGGCUACAUUGUUACACGAGAUGGCGAGGUCGGACAAGCAAGUUGGUGUAUUGAGCAAGUGCAUUGGAACGGGAAUGGGUAUGGCGAGCUUGAUAGUCCGGGAGUAG